AAAUUUGGGGCGUCCCACACCUGCCUUUCGGGGCGCUUGUAUUUGCGGGCCCCGCGCACUCCGGGGGGGUCACUCCCGCGGCAACGGGGCUCUUUCUUGGAUAACUGCUUGGAUGGGUGUCGUGGCAAGCGGGGGCCUUUGCUGGCCAGGGCGAAUUGUCUGUGCUGUGGGCGAAUUGCACCGAGAUCCUGUGACAAUAUUGCCUUUUUACAGCGCGAAGUGCUUGGAGAGCUUUGGGGGUGGGAUGACCCAGAAGCCGCAGCGCCGAGAACAAAAGCGAAAUGCACUGGGCUACAAGCCCAGGCUCUAGUUUGCCAUGCCCGGCCCUUCAUCCAGGAGCACAUUCGGCUACGGCCAGCUCGUGUUCUGUGUGAUUUCCACAACGCUCCCGGUGGAACAGGCACCAUGGUCGCUCCGUCCCACGUGCUGAGCUCGCGGAGCCCAAAUUUCAGCGACUGCCCCAACGGCUCCGAGUGGGUCAAGGCGGUCUUGCACGAGUGUGCCCAGGACGGCUGGGACAUGGCCAGCGUGGUGCUCGGCCUGGUCUCGAUCCUCUGCUUUGCCGGUGCUUCUUUCCCCCAAUUCUACCUGGCCUGUAAAACGGGGAUUAUGGACCAGGCGCUGUCGAUCUACUUCCUCCUAGGCUGGCUGGGAGGGGACUCGCUCAACCUGAUCGGAUCCUUCCUGGCCGACCAGCUGCCCCUGCAGGUGUACACGGCCAUCUAUUACGUCCUGGCGGACCUGCUUAUGAUCACUCUCUACCUCUACUACAAAGUCAAGAACAGGGAACGGAGACUCUCGGUGUCCAUUAACGCUUCCUUUGUGUUCGUUCUCGUGGGAACGGUGUCGGUGACGUCCUUCCUCGUGGCACCCGCCGCUCGUCUCAGCCACGAAGCCACGGUGGUCAAGGGGAGAGCCCUUCUCUCCCUGGCAGACAGCCAGCCUGGGUGGGAGCCCUUCAGCAGGAAAGAAAUCAUCGGCUUUGUGAUCGGCUCUGUUUCGGCGCUGCUCUACCUCCUUUCCCGGGUGCCGCAGAUAUACACGAACUUCAAGAGGAAAUCAACCACAGGCAUCUCGUAUUCCCUCUUCGCUCUGGUGAUGCUUGGGAACCUGCUGUACGGAGCCAGCGUCUUACUGAAAAACCCGGAGCAGGGCCACACGAGAGGCAGCUACAUCAUCCAUCACCUCCCUUGGCUGAUCGGCAGCUUGGGAGUUUUGUCGCUUGACGUGCUGAUUUCCUUCCAGUUUCUCGCUUACCGUCGGAAGCAGACGCCGGCACUGGAAGAGAGAGACCCACUGCUCAGCAGAACGGAGGACCCUCUUGUGAGCUGAUCUCGAGCAAACGGACGGCGGCACCAACCAAAGAGCACUGCCUGGAUCGUCCUGGUGGCUUUGGAGAGAAACUGCCCCGAUUUUCCUGUGGAACAGACCUGGCUCCGAGGCAGAUGGUCUCAACGGACAGAGCUUUUAUUUAAAAUGGGGCUGGAGGCAGGAGAAAGGAAGCCGACAAAAUCCAAGCUGAUGUGACCUUUCCGGACUGGAAUGGAAGGCGGUUGUCUCCACCUUCCCAGUGAAACGGGAGCGUGCAAUUCUCCUCCGGGAGUCAAAUGGGAAUUCCUACCGAUCACCGAUUCAGCUCCCUCUUUGUAAUGGCAUUUUACCUCCCUUCACCCAUCAAGCUGCUGCUUUACUUCUUCAAGGCCAGUUGUUGAAGGGGGAAAUAACCCCCCCCCCGUUCUUGCACAUGUAGUAACCUUUGUAAUGGGCUUGUCCAGCCUAACAGGGUGCAGGGGAAAAUAAACCCCUUUACCGAA